CACUAAAGUAAGCAAUAGCAUGUCUCAGAGGCAGACUCAAGCAAGAGAGAUGAACGGUCAAGCUGACGUCGAAGUUGACUACAAACGGAAAUACAAGAACCUCAAACGAAAGUUAAAAUUUCUUGUUUACGAACAGGAAUGCUUUCAGGAGGAGCUGAGAAGGGCACAGAGGAAACUUCUUAAGGUUUCCAGGGAUAAAAGCUUUCUUUUGGACAGAUUGCUACAGUAUGAGAGAGUAGAUGAAGACUCCUCAGAUUCAGAUGCAACAGUUUCUUCAGAAAACAGUGAAGGGGAAGUACCCAGGGAGAGAGAAAGAGAACGAGAUGGAACAAAGAAGUUUGUUGGGCGAAAGAAUAGUCCAGGGGCAUUCCUUCAUUCAGCUCCUCAUCUCUCCCUGCUGUCCCGUCCUCUGCAGUCUACUGGCUCUGGACCCUACCUCAACACCAUGCCCUUCCCGCCAGAAUAUUUGGCCCCCCCAGCUGAACGAAUGAAGAAAGACAGAAAAACAAAGACGCCUAAAAACAAGAAAGAGACUACGGGGAAGGUUGUUCCAAUGGCAGCUAAUUACCCAUCAGCCACUGCGGCUCCUCCAACAGCUAGUGGCCACUUCAGUUGGGUUCCCAGACAGAUGCUUAGUGGAGAUGCAGCUGAGGAGGAGGGUGAGAGUGAUGGAGACAGUGAAAGAGGGGAUGAAGACAGAGGGGAGGGAGAUGAGGCUGAGCUUGUCAUUGACAUCCCUAAUGAGUGAACCUGAGUGUGUGUUUAGAUGUGUUUAGGCAGGGCAUAGAGGUGUACAUAUGCACAUCAUGGUGAAAGACAGAACUGUACUGAAUGUGUCUCUAUAUUGAGCAGACAUCGCUCCCCCCUGUGGACUGAAGCUUAACUGCAGUAUCAUUGUACAAACAAUUUCAUCAGAGGUGUGUUUUUAAAUAUUUUGAUAAUAAAUUAAUCUGUGCUAAGGCACAGUUUGCAGGCUUCUGCAAAAGUGCUGAUUAUUUUUGUCUGUACAGUUUAAAUCAACAAAGUAUGAGUACAAGUAGGUGUGUAAUUCAUUGAGAGAUUAGAUUGUUUUGUCAUGUUUAACUGCUCUCUCAGACUUGGUGUUGUAGAAGUUCUCUAGUACAAUAAAUUUGUUUAACUGUGAUACAGAUGUGUGGAAUUUGCAGAUUUUAAGUGUUGUUUACUUGUUACAGACAGCUUUGACACUUGCCACAGUUUGGGUCGUGGCUCAGAGUGAGCUUUGGGAGGGUUACUUUGCACAACAGUAUUAAUGAUUGCUUUACAUAGAGUGUCUUACGUUAUUUUGGUGCUACUAUAUUUCAUUAUUCUUUUUUUUCACCUGUCAAACAGUGCCAGAUUAAAAUACUUUCAUUUAAUCCUAUUAAUGGUUUUUAUUUAAAUGAAAUAGUGUGUUUCAUUCAUAGAUGACGAUUUUACUUAAAAGCUGGUUAUGGCUGUUGUGUGUUUAGCUAAAAAUAUUCCUCAUUACACCAUUGUUUACAGAAAUGUGAAGGUGUUAAACAUUAGAGUAUGCCUUUAUACUCCACCUAGAUCGUCACACCCUAAAACUCUCAUUCCACAGCUACACUCAGUCACUGAAGUAUGCUGCAGUUCGUGAAUACUUUGUAUUGUACUGCUUUUUGUUUAGUUAAAUGCUCAGCACACAAAGUAUCAUAAAAAUAACAUGUAUAAGCUUCA